GCUGCUCUCCGGUGCCGCGACGCCCAAGGGACGAGGCGGAAGUAGGGCGGCCACCCCGGAGACCGAGGACGCUGGGUCUGCGGUCGCGGGGCGCCGACGAGGGGCGCGGGGCUCAGGAAGAGCGCGUACGCGACGAUAGGCCCCGGGGGAGGAGGCAGGGCAAGGCCAGGCGAGGGGGCCGUGGUCGGAGCAUCUAGCCUGAAAGAUGCACAAGAGGAAGGGAACCCCGGGACCCCCGGGCCGAGGCGCCGCCGCCGCCCGCCAGCUGGGCCUGCUGGUUGAUCUCUCCCCAGAUGGUCUGAUGAUCCCUGAGGAUGGAGUUAACAAUGAGGAACUGGAGGCUGAGUUCUUGGCUUUGGUUGGGGGCCCACCCCAAGCCCUGGAGAAGCUCAAAGGCAAAGGUCCCCUGCCCAUGGAGGCCAUUGAGAAGAUGGCCAGCUUGUGCAUGAGAGACCCGGAUGAGGAGGAGGGCACAGACGAUGAGGAUGUGGAGGCUGAUAAUGACCUGCUUGCAGAACUAAAUGAGGUCCUUGGGGAGGAGCAGAAGACUUUGGAGUCCCACCCUCCUGUGGCCCAGCCGAAAGCCACAGCCCCCAGCCCAGGGUUGGAGGCCACCUUGCAGGAGAGGCUGGCCCUCUACCAGACAGCAGUCGAAAGUGCUAGGCAAGCUGGAGACAGCGCCAAGAUGCGGCGCUACGACCGGGGACUUAAGACACUGGAAAACCUGUUGACCUCCGUCCGGAAGGGCAAUGCCAUCGACGAAGAGGACAUCCCACCACCAGUUGCUGUGGGGAAGGGCCCAAUGGCCACAUCCAGCCACGCUCCUGCACCCACCCUGCCAGCUUCUGUGAACCCGCCAGCCCCAGAACCCAGAGUCACAGUAGAGGGUCCUCCUCCCACUGCCCCAGCUUCGUCACUGGGCCUGGCUAAACCCCAGCUGCCCCCAGGUCCCUGCAGCACUGGCCCCCUGGCUCAGUUGCAGAGCCGCCAGCGCGAGUACAAGCUGGCUGCCCUCCAUGCCAAGCAGCAGGGGGAUACUGCCGCCGCCGCCAGGCUCUUCCGUGUGGCCAAGAGCUUUGACGCUGUUUUGGAGGCCCUGAGCCGGGGGGAGCCUGUCGACCUAUCCCGCUUGCCCCCUCCCCCUGACCAGCUGCCCCCAGACCCGCCAUCACCACCACUGCAGCCUCUGACUCCCACUACGGUGCCAUCCACACCAGGCCCAGAGGUUCCCCCACCCCCAAGGACUCUCUUGGAGGCAUUGGAGCAGAGGAUGGAGCGCUACCACGUGGCCGCAGCCCAGGCUAAGACCAAGGGGGACCAGCGGAAGGCUCGCAUGCAUGAGCGCAUUGUCAAGCAAUACCAAGAUGCCAUUCGGGCCCACAAGGCUGGCCGAGCUGUGGACGUGGCUGAGCUGCCUGUGCCCCCAGGCUUUCCCCCUAUCCAGGGCCUAGAGGCCUCCGAGUCCACCCAGCCGAGCCUGGUGGGGGUCCUGGAGACCGCCAUGAAGCUGGCCAACCAGGAUGAAGGCCCAGAGGAUGAAGAGGAUGAGGAGCCUAAGAAGCAGCUCAACAGCCCUGCAGCCCCCACAGCCCAGCCCAAGGCCCCACCCUCAAAGGCACCCCAGCCAGGAUCCACUUCAGCAACCAAAGCAGCCCCCAAAGGUACAUCCACCAGAGCCCAGCAGCAGCUGGCCUUCCUGGAGAGCCGGAAGAAGCAGCUCUUGCAGGCCGCGUUGCGAGCUAAGCAGAAGAACGAUGUGGAGGGUGCCAAGAUGCACUUGCGCCAGGCCAAGGGGCUGGAUCCCAUGCUGGAGGCCUCACGCAAUGGGCUGCCUGUGGAUAUUACCAAGGUGCCGCCUGCCCCUGUCAACAAGGAUGACUUUGCCUUGGUCCAGCGGCCUGGCCCUGGUCUGUCUCAGGAGUCAGCCCGGCGCUAUGGUGAACUCACCAAGCUCCUAAGGCAGCAGCAUGAGAUGUGCCUGAAUCACUCUAACCAGUUCACCCACCUGGGCAACAUUGCAGAAACAAGCAAAUUUGAGAAACUGGCAGAGGACUGUAAGCGGAGCAUGGAGACCCUGAAGCAGGCCUUUGCCCGGGGUCUCCCCACUCCUAGUGCCCGCUUUGAACAGAGAACCUUCAGCGUCAUCAAGAUCUUCCCGGACCUCAGCAGCAAUGACAUGCUCCUGUUCGUUGUGAAGGGCAUCAACUUGCCCACGCCUCCAGGGCUCUCCCCUGGCGAUCUGGAUGUCUUCGUUCGGUUCGAUUUCCCCUAUCCCAACGUGGAAGAAGCUCAGAAAGACAAGACCAGUGUGAUCAAGAACACAGACUCUCCUGAGUUCAAGGAGCAGUUCAAACUCUGCAUCAACCGCAGCCACCGAGGCUUUCGAAGGGCAAUACAGACCAAAGGCAUCAAGUUCGAAGUGGUCCAUAAAGGUGGGCUGUUCAAGACCGACCGGGUCCUGGGUACAGCCCAGCUGAAGCUGGAUGCCCUGGAGACAGCAUGUGAGGUCCGGGAGAUCCUUGAGGUCCUGGAUGGUCGCCGGCCCACAGGAGGACGGCUGGAGGUGAUGGUCCGGAUUCGAGAGCCACUGACGGCCCAGCAAUUGGAGACAAUAACUGAGAGGUGGCUGGUCGUCGAUCCCGUGCCAGCAGCUGUGCCCCCACAGGUUGCUGGGCCCAAAGGGAAGGCCCCUCCCAUUCCUGCCCCUACGAGGGAGCCAGCAAACAGAUCUGCCCGGCCCCUGCAUAGUCUCAGCGUGCUGGCCUUUGACCAAGAGCGUCUGGAGCGGAAGAUCCUGGCCUUCAGGCAGGCACGGCGGCCAGUGCCCCCAGAGGUGGCCCAGCAGUACCAGGAUAUCAUGUAUCGCAGCCAGUGGCAGAGGGCACAGCUGGAGCAGGGGGGCCCAGGCAUCCGGCGGGAAUACAUGGCCCAUCUGGAACGUCAGCUGCAAUUCUACACAGAGGCUGCCCGGCGCCUUGGCAAUGAAGGCAGCAGGGAACCCGCCAAGGAGGCACUCUACAGGCGGAACCUGGUCGAGAAUGAGCUACAGCGGCUCCGUAGGUGAGGGGCCGACGGCGCUGGCAGCCCCUGGAAAUGGGGGCGCAGGCUCAAGGCCCCGGUGCUGGGAGAGCUGACACUGCCACGGCCUCAGACCAGACAAGCGGACAAUCAGCGGACAAUCAGCUCUGGAUGGACUCGUCCCCUGCUGGGCCCACCCAGCCCUGGCAGGGGGCA